ACAACACACAGCAAACGACUCUCUCUCUCUCUCUCUCUCUCUCUCUCUCGCUCUCUCUCCUCUUUCUUGAAGUACUGCAGAGACAGAGCUGCAGCACUAAACACCGUCAGCUCUUGCUUUAGUUUCCGGAUGUCUUUACUCUUUAGGAUACAUAUAAAUGUUUAUUCAUUAGCAGCGUCGGCAGUCUCGUAAUGGAGAACCAGCAUCGACAUCUCAUCUGCUCAGCUCCCUAAAGGACUCAUGAGAGCCAUAAAGGCGAAAGCUCUUCUUCUGUGCUGACUGCAGACCUCUUCCCCUCCACCAUCUAAUCAUGGAUGAUACAGCUCAACAAGACACAUCUUCCCUCAUGAAGGGGGCCAGAGACAUUGCUAAGGAGGCCAAACGACAAGCCGCUAAGAAAGUCAACAAAGUUGUGGACCGUGCCUCAAACGAGUACUCCCACAGUCGCACCUACCACCGCUUCCAGGAUGAAGACGACGACUGCUACAGCCAGCCGGAUGGGAACUACACAGGCCCCAACGCCAAUGAUGAAGAGGGAUCCAGCGACGCCACCGAGGGUCAUGAUGACGAGGACGAGAUAUAUGAAGGGGAGUACCAGGGGAUCCCCUCGGAUGCAAAGCCCAGAGAUGGGCUGGUGGCUUUGGGACAGCCGCUGGCGGAUGGCCUGAAGGACCAGCGAGAGCUGGAGAAUGAGAGGCAGGCGGAUGAGGAGGAAUUGGCCCAGCAGUAUGAGCUCAUCAUACAGGAAUGUGGACAUGGCAGGUUUCAGUGGCAGCUGUUCUUCACGCUGGGGCUGGCGCUCAUGUCUGAUGGUGUGGAGGUCUUCGUGGUGGGCUUCGUUCUCCCUAGCGCAGAGACGGACAUGUGUGUGCCUGACUCGAGCUCUGGAUGGCUAGGCAGCAUUGUGUAUGUGGGGAUGAUGGUAGGGGCCUUCUUCUGGGGUGGCAUGGCCGACAAGGUGGGCAGACGGCAGUGUCUGCUCAUUUGUAUGUCCAUAAAUGGCUUCUUCGCCUUCCUGUCAUCUUUUGUGCAGGGCUAUGGCGUCUUCUUGCUUUGUCGCACGAUAUCUGGCUUUGGGAUUGGUGGAGCGGUGCCCAUCGUCUUCUCAUACUUUGCUGAGGUGUUGGCAAGAGAGAAGCGUGGAGAACAUCUGAGCUGGCUUUGCAUGUUCUGGAUGAUUGGAGAGAUUUAUGCCUCUGCCAUGGCUUGGGCCAUCAUACCUCACUACGGCUGGAGUUUCAGUAUGGGCUCAGCUUAUCAGUUCCACAGCUGGAGGGUGUUUGUGGUGGUGUGCGCUCUUCCCUGCGUCUGUGCCGUGGUGGCCUUAAUGUUCAUGCCGGAGAGCCCGAGGUUCUACUUGGAGGUGGGGAAGCACGACGAGGCCUGGAUGAUCCUCAAGCAGAUUCAUGACACAAACAUGCGAGCGCGUGGACAGCCCGAGAAAGUCUUUACCGUGAACAGAAUUAAGAUCCCAAAGCAGAUUGAUGAGUUUGUCGAGAUGCAGAAUGAAUCCGGCAACGUUUUAUCAAAAGCGAUCUUCAGAAUAAAGACUGAGCUUCAUGGGAUUUGGUUGAACUUCUUGAAGUGUUUUAAUUAUCCAUUGAAAGACAUUACAGUGAAACUUGCUAUUGUGUGGCUCUCACUGUCAUUUGGGUAUUAUGGUUUAUCUGUGUGGUUUCCUGACGUCAUCAAACACCUUCAGGCUGAUGAUUACGCCUCCAAAGUACAAAGGCAUAACAGCGAACGUAUUGAAGACUUCACCUUCAAUUUCACCCUUGAGAACCAGAUACACACUAAUAGCAUAUUUAUAAAUGACAGGUUCACAAGUAUGAAAUUCAAGUCUGUCACUUUCAUCAAUUCCACCUUUCAAAGCUGCUUUUUUGAGGAUGUGACAUCAGUGGGAUCUUUCUUUCGAAACUGCACAUUCAUUGAGGCUGUCUUCUACAACACUGACAUUGACGAUUCCAAACUGAUAAAUACAGACGUCAUAAACAGCACAUUUUACCACAACAAAACAGGCUGUCAAAUGACGUUUGAGGAUGAUUACAGCGCAUACUGGGUCUACUUUGUCAAUUUCUUGGGAACACUGGCUGUUCUCCCUGGCAACAUUGUAUCUGCACUUCUCAUGGACAAAAUUGGCCGCUUGUCUAUGUUAGGGUUUUCCAUGAUCCUGUCUGGUAUCAGCUGCUUCUUCCUGUGGUUUGGCACCAGUGAGUCGAUGAUGAUUGGGAUGCUGUGCUUGUACAAUGGGCUGAGUAUCUCUGCCUGGAACUCCCUGGACGUUGUGACAGUAGAGCUGUUCCCUACGGAUAGAAGAGGAACAGGAUUUGGCUUCUGUAAUGCCUUGUGCAAGCUAGCCGCAGUGAUGGGAAAUCUGAUUUUUGGAUCUUUAGUAGGCAUCACCAAAGCUAUCCCUAUUCUCCUGGCCUCCUCUGUGCUCGUUGGCGGAGGUCUGGUGGGAUUGCGACUACCUGACACCAGGUCUAAUGUCCUCAUGUAACCCUUGUGUCAGAGGUCUGGAGAAACUCAAAAGGCUUGACUUAACCCUCAUUCAUCAUUGUGGUACAUUGUGUACUUACUUACAUAAAUGCAUUUACUGUUUCAGUGGUGUUUCUAUAUAGCCAGGUGAAGGUUGGUGGUUUAAAACUUAGUCAUCAAACAGUGGGUAAAUAUUUUGACAAUCUUUAGACUUUCCUUUGCAAUAAUAACACUUGCACCUUCAUACUGUACAGUUGAGUCGACCAAAACCCUUGUGUUUCCUUAUGGCUUUUCAAGGGUUUGUAACGGCCUAGGAAUGGACGUGAGCGUAAAUAUUAAUAUCCCCUUAUUAAGACUUGAGCAAAACAAGCUAUUAAUGAGCUGUCCAAACCUGCUGCAAAUAUGCAGAGAGGAUGAUCAGAUACGCCGAGAGCUUGGCACAGCUGCAUCACAGCUGGUUGACUGAACCCAGAGAGUUAAUGAAGAGAUGAGAGACUGGUCUACUGGUAAACAACUCUUUAUUCAGUGCCUAGUUUCAGAUUUUGACUCUAUACUGAAAAUAUAAUUGGAGUAGGGAUUGUCAUCAAAUCAAUUUCAAUGAGUAUUAUGUUUUGGGAGGUUGAAACCCAUCUUUUUUACAGUAUUAUCACUGUAUUUUUAUAAUCAAGCCUUUUGCAUAUGUACUCCAACCUCUGAUGAAAAGGCCACAAAUGUGCACUGUGCUCAUGCUUUAAGUACAAAUAAUGUUCCUGCAGCCAGAUUUAUGAAAAUCAAAAAUCCUAUUUUUUGCUCUUCAGAUGUUUUGUUCAUAUGAAGUGGAGUAUAUUUUGCUCAUAAGCUUUAUAAGUCGAUCUGGUUUCAUAUACAACAGACGUGUUAUCUGACUUGUUCUGCCACUUUGUGAUUUGUCUAAAAGCGAAUGGCCUUUUGAAAUUGUGCCUCUCCUACAUUAGAUCAUUAUCAUGUAUGAACUUGAGGUAGCUGCUGUAAUUGAUAUCAGAGUGUGUUUCUGCCACGGUCAUUCAUGCAAACCAUCUUACAAUCUGACAGAAAGGACUGAUGAGAAUCAGGCUGGUAAUAAGCCUCUUUUAUGUACAAUGUCAAAGACUCAUCUUGUUGACACGACAGGUUUACAGGUGCAGAGGGAGUUUAGAGGGUCCGCCUCAACAUAUGGGGUCUACAAUCUGUAGAGAGGGGAAGAGAGAUGUGUUUGAUAACCACAUGACACAUGAUUCAUUUACAAGUAUCAUUUCCAAGCCAAGAGAAGAAAAUUCUGCUUUAUUAGGUUGCUUCUACAUAAUGACUAUCGAUAUAUACUGUAUGUAUAUACACCAUUCAAAAGUUUGUGGUCAGUAAGUUUUUUUUUUUUUUUUGCCCAAAAAGAAAAUACCAUUUUUUUGUAUUCCGCAAGAAUGCGUUCGAUUGAUCAAAAGUGACAGUAAUGACAUUUAUGUUACAAUAGAUUUCUGUUUCAAAUGAAUGCUGUUCUUUCUAUUUAUCAAACGUACCACUGUUUCCACAAAAAUAUUAGCAAGACUGUUUUAAACACUGAUAAUAGUAAGAAAUGUUUAUUGAGCACCAAAUCAGCUUAUUAGAAUGAUUUCUGAUCAUGUGGAUCAUGAAUCAUGUGACACUUUGAAAUUCAAGUUUGCCAUCACAGGAAUAAAAUACAUUUUAGAAUAUAUUAAAAUAGAAAACCGGUAUUUUAAAUUGUAAUAAUAGAUUAUAAUAUUACUGUUUUAUGAUCAAAUAAGAUAUAUAUAUAUAAAAAACAUUUUAAAAUCUUACAGACCUCAAGCUUUUGAAUGCAGUGGAACGUUUUUUGUUAUACAGUUGUCUUUUAUAGCCCAUAGAUAAUGUCUUCAUAAUGAUAUCUUUAUUUGCCCCUAAAAUGAAAGGUACUUACAAGCCUCAGCAGUUUAAUAUUUAGCAGUAAAAUAUUUGUCAAGCCACAUUUUAAUGUCACAUUUUACGGUUUAGCUUUUACAGUCAGUGCCAAAUAGAGUUCUCUGAAUAACAUACAUCAGUAGCGUUACUAUUGUCUAGCUUUUGAUAUGUUUUGAGAGGUCUAUAAUAAGAAAAUCUUAGAAAAACAGACCUCAUAAAGUAUCGCUGAUGUUUUUUAAAAAUCUGAUUUGGCUUCUAACUAACCAAAGUGGCUUAAUGCUGUCUCAGUCUCAGCAAAGCUAUGCAGUUUCUUGAAGGUGUUAUUUAGGCCUAUAAAUGAGAUUACACUGUAAAUGAUCAUUGCUGUAGGCCUACUGUCCUUGAUCUAAGCCUGUCUUCAUCUGAAAACCUUUUUUUUUUUUUUAUUAUUAUUUGUGCAUAUAUUUUAGUGUUAAUACUGUCUGAAAUGAUGUGUAUGCUUUGUGAACAGUACAUACUGUGUGUGUGUAUAUCUGUGUAUGGGUAAAUGUGUGCUUAUCUGUGUAUAUUUUGUACAGGGUUACAGUGAUCGACUCAAAAGCUGAAUACUGUGUGUACACAUUUUUGGUGACUGCAAUGGAUGAAGCUUUAAUGUAUGUACGUUGCUGAAACUUUUCAGUGUUCAUUUGUCAUUGAAGCACUGUCCCUAAGAGCCAGCCAUCCUGAGACAUUGCUGAUCAAAACUGCAUGUAUUAAACUUUUUGGGUGUGUGUGUUCUCAUCUCUCCAGAGAAUGUUGAACUGUUGUGCGUUUUAUGGCAGAAAAAUACAGAAGAAUAUAACUGUCAUAUUUUGUGAAGGUAAUAAAGAUGUGUUAAAAAGUG